AGACCGAGUAAACCAAGUCUUUCUCAUGGCCAAGCAGGGGCGCGCCAAAAAGUGAAAACGGCGUCGUGUGAAGUCGCUCCUACACAAGCAGUUUACCGUUAAAUUCAAGUCCCGUUGAAGAAUGUGAAACGUGGCAUUCGUUCCUCUUACUGAAAAAAAAAAUACUCUCUCUUACAAUUAACUAAAAAUAUAGCAAAUCCUUUUUCCUCUUUUGGAGUUUGUGAAUUUUUGAUUCUGAGUGAAAUUGAAGAAGAUUUUGACAGACCUCUUAAUUUGAAGAUUGGCAGUCUCCGGUAUCAAGGUGACAGAGUGAACAAGAUAGGGUGAGUAUCCUGUAUCCGUUUAUUCACUUCCCUGCAAAUGUGGCGAAAUCUUGAGGGUGAGCAUGGGGUGAAUAAUUCCCGUGCUCGUUGUGGAGAAGGGAAAAUGCAACAGAAGACUGACAUUGAAAACUCAAACAGUACAGGUCCCAUUUUAUUGUAUGAUCAACAAAUUGUUAUGGGAAUAUCUAGCUUUGAAGGUGCCAAUGAGGGUUGUAAUGGACGUGUGGCAUCUCAAAGCCUGAAUGUGUUGGUAAACGAAUCGGAGGAUAACCGUAGUAUUCUCUCAGAUCAAUCUAGCGAUCUUGGGGAAAUAGAACGCGAGAGAGUAAGGCAGGUUUUUCAAGAGUGGAUGAGCACCAGUGAAAAGGAUCAUUCACAAUCAUUGAGUGUCUCGCAUAAGAACAACUGCUCGGGGGCACCAUGGUUAGGGGAAAAUGAACGAGAAAGGGUGAGAAUCAUAAGAGAGUGGGUGAAAAUCAACAUUCAGCAAAAUGACGCGGGUUAUCCAAGAGAUGAAGGCACUGCUGAUAUCGAUUCUCAGUUCGAACAAGUGCGUGAUGGAUCUUUGGUCAAUCAUUCUGAAAAUGGAGAGAGAAAACCGGUGCGUAUGUAUUGCAGCAGAAAAUCUCUUCUGGAAUUGUUGAUGAAGUUUCAAAUGGAAAGGCAAAGAGAAAUUCAGGGCUUAUUGGAGUGUAAGCCUGUAUCAAACUUCACAUACCACAACCGAAUUCAGUCAUUGCUCAAGGGUAGAUUUCUGCGGAACGAGAGAUUGAUGACCAGUGAUGAAAGAACUACAUCAGAUGCCGCAAGUGAAUUGAGCUUACUGAGACAAAGUCAAACUGUAUCUUACUUGAGGAAAGAGAUUUUAUCCAGAUUGGUCGAUAAUGCUCGUAGUUCUACAAAAAAUGUGCAGCUGAAUGCCUCUUCUACAGAUGACCUGAAUCAUCAUCAUCGAAGUGAACAGUCUCAAUCAAAUAAUGUACAAGAGAUAAUUGAUGAAUCCUAUGAUCAAUCUGAACUCGAUAGUGAAGAGAGGGAAACUUAUGGAUCUCAUGUAUUUGGGAACUCAGAAAGCAUUACAUCUGAGGAAGUAAACCAGCAAAAUUCGAUUGAUCAAAUAGCUGAACAUUCAAAUCAAAUAGCAGCUGUUGAAAGUGGUUCUCGAGGGCAUGUACGAGAAGACCAUGAACCCUUUCAUGAUAAUGAUGCACCAAGAAGUGAGGCAAGUGAUACUCAUGAAGUAUAUGAUCAUUUUCAUGGCUUGAGAAGUAGUACUUUUGAAGACUAUGUGUGGCAAGUUUUAUCAUCUCAGGCAGAGGAUCCACAGGAUGUUGUCACGGAUCAUGAGGAAAGCAACUUGCGACAAUCAGAAGUGCCAUAUGAACUAGUUAUCGAACAUGGAGAAAGUGAGCAAAUGUCUUCUUCUGAACACAAUGAAACAACAAAUGACACAACAGAAGAAAUGGGCGGAAGUUGGCAGGAAGGUGCUGCAAACCAUUGGUACCCAUACAGCUCGGAAAAUGACACUGAAGAACAAAUCUAUGAGCAAGAACAACAGGAGGACUGGCAGAGUAAUGAUUGGCUGGACAUGCCUUCUAAUCAGAAUGCUGGAUCCAUGAGAAGGGUUGAUUCAUUUUAUAUGCCUGAUGAUGAUAAUGUUUACAAUAUUGAACUUCGAGAACUUCUAAGCAGGAGGCGUGUAUCUAAUCUGCUUCAAAGUGGCUUUCGUGAGAGUCUAGACCAGCUAAUACAAUCUUACGUUGAAAGGCAAGGACACGCUUCUGAAUGGUAUAUGGAUGGAAUAUCAUCAUCCCCUGAUGAUAUGGAAUACGAGCUGCUUCAAGAAUACGAUAAUCAAGAUGGACCUCAGAUAAAUAGUGAAUCUAAUUCCUUUGCCGUGGCUUCACUACAUGUGGAACCUUCUCUGCAGUUGAUAGGAACAGAUUGGGAAAUCAUACAUGAGUUGAGGAAUGACAUGGUUCGGCUUCAGCAGAGGAUGGACAAUAUGCAGAAGAUGUUUGAAAAGUGUAUGGAAAUGCAAGUUGAGCUCCAACGCACGGUUCAUCAAAAUGUUUCUGCAGCGUUAAAUCGAUAUGCUUGUUCAACAGAUAUUGAUGCAUGUGAGGACAGUGUGCUAAAUGAUGAAUCCAAAUGGGAUAAUGUAAGAAAAGGGAUUUGUUGCUUGUGUCCUAAUAGCAGCAUAGAUGCGUUACUGUAUAGGUGUGGACACAUGUGCACAUGUUUAAAAUGUGCAGAAAAGUUGGUUCAGUGGAACGGAAAAUGUCCAAUGUGCCAGGUGCCAGUAAAUGAGGCUAUCCGAGCUUUUUCUAUACAGUAAUGUUGCUGCAGGGGGCAUAACUUGGGUAAGCGCACAUGCUCAAAUUCCAGUAAAAUUGGUCCGGUGACGAGAAAUACAUCCAAAAUUGCCCACGCAGCGUCAACUAACUAGUGAUCUGAGCUUUUUCUGUAUAUAAUUGGUAGAAAACUAAACAAUACCUGUGAAACAAAACAGAGUGGAUCCGUCAUCCGUUGCUGCUUUAGUUUGUCUAGGUAAGUCGUUUUACUCUCUGAAGAUCCUCGUGUUUUUCAUCAUUAAUAUGUAAAUCAUGAUGUAAGUAAUAGAUUCAUCUGUUUAGAUGGAUUUACUCAAAUUUCAACUUUGUACAAUAUGAAAUGUGUUGCAACUUGUAAGGUAUUCUAUUUUUCUUCCUCUA